UGGAAAUCGGUCCUCCUUUCUUCCCUUCUAAUAGGUUCCGUGCACUUUUUCGUAAACCCAAAUUAAUAUUUCUCCCAUAAGAUCCGAAACUCCCCGUCCCUUUCCCCCAAAGCCUCCGCCCAAAUUCCUUUACGGGGAAUUCCCUGGUGGCGAUUGAUCCAUCGAUUAAUUAGUUUUCUCGAUCCUCUCGGAGAAAUUAUCACCCUAUGGCGAAGAGUUCCUUCAAGCUGGAGCAUCCCCUCGAAAGGAGGCAGGCAGAAGCUGCUCGUAUCCGAGAGAAGUAUCCAGACAGAAUUCCUGUGAUUGUUGAGAAGGCUGAAAGGAGCGAUAUACCAGACAUUGAUAAGAAGAAGUACUUGGUCCCUGCCGAUUUAACUGUUGGGCAGUUUGUCUAUGUUGUUCGGAAGAGGAUUAAACUCAGUGCAGAGAAAGCCAUCUUCAUUUUUGUCAAGAACACUUUACCUCCCACAGCUGCUAUGAUGUCUGCAAUCUACGAUGAAAACAAAGAUGAAGAUGGUUUUCUUUACAUGACAUACAGUGGCGAGAACACAUUUGGAUCCUCCUAAGGCAAUGAAAAUAUCUUUGUAGAUAAAAAACCUUGAAAAGAAGGUGUAUAUUCUAUCGUCAUUCUCCCCAAGUUAUGCUCACUAGUUGUCAAUCCUUAAGAGCAACGCUGUUUGCAUUUCAAAAGUUACCGGACAUCUGAAUUUAAUAUUACAAAUAUGGAUCUUUAUAUUAACUUUUA